AUGUCGACGAAUAAUGCUCUGAAUCGGAGGCAAGAAGAACUUAUCCGCCUUGACCUGCGAAGGAUUCACGUCGUCUGUUGGGUCACUGUUGUAUGUAACAUUGGAUCUUUAGCUUGUUGUUUAAUCUACAAUAUGAACGCUCAAUAUCCUCGCAACAUAGGUAUAAUUUAUGUGGCCAUAACUUGUAUAUUUCUUCACACAGCAAUGCUGAUCGUUCUUUGCAACAAAGAUGCCGGACCUUUAAUCAUUUCUGCGAAUAUGAGACGAAUAUCCGGAAUUUCGGGCAUUAGUAAUAUUAUGCCUGCUGUUGCUGUGGUAGCAUGUGCAAUUAACGUUUCUGGUAGUCGCGGGCCGAUAACUACUGCUAUGAGUGCCUGUAUGAUGGCGUUAUUUGUUAUGAUUUUUAUUACUCAAAAUUACUGUGUCAGUAUCUUGAAGAAGAGUAUUCCAGGCUUUCUGACUUUAAGAAGAUUACGUGUACAUGCUGGAGAACGCAGAAGCCGAAAUAGGGCGACAAACACAAAUACUGUUCCUGAAGUUCCAGCUGUAUUACCGAGUUAUAACCAAGCUACCGGAGCACAGGAUGUAACGGAAUCUCAAGAUCAAGCUACUGAUCUACCUUGCUACGAAGAUGUUUAUAACAAUAAUGACAGCACGAAUGUGUCUCAGCCUAUUCCACCCAGUUAUGACGAGGUUAUCGUUAACAAUACUCCUAUAUCUGACGGUUCUACUAACGGAAAUAAUUCCACAGCGCGAUCCAAAGUAAAAUAA